UUCCUUGACAGCUGCAAGCUGCAGACGUGUCGACGAAAGCAAAAGCCAAAAGCGUCCCCAACAGACAACACAAACAGUGCCGUAUCCAACAAACAGCAAGACCUUGUCGCUGUGAUUGCAAUCUUGCAACGCGAAGUCCAUCACAGCCACCUUUGACCAGAGAGAGAUAGACUUGUUGCCAAGAUCUGUUGAUACGUUCCUUUGAGACUGCUUGGGUUGCUUGCUAGCUAGUCCGCUACAAAGAUCAGUCUCGCCUACCAUAACAUACUGGAAAUUUUCACGGUCAUCGUUUCUCUUUCCUUGAGUUUUCCUGCAAAACCGAUUUUUGAUUGAUUUUUCUGUUUGACAAUGGCCGACCAAAUGCAGUUCCAACGUCCGCAUCCAGCACACUUACCACAAAACAACAGCAACAACAAUACUAACAGGCCGCAACACCCUACCAGAUAUAACAAUAACAACAACAACAACAGGACGCGUCGCAAGGGCAAGUAUCAAAAUGGGCCGAGACAACAACACCAUCGCAGUCAGAGUCCGCCUACAGGACCCCCCACUUCGCUGGAGACGACGCUGCGCGAAUUGGCUUGUUACGAUGACGCCAAUGAAUCGCGUCGAAGAAAUGCCCUGGAUGUCCUAGAAAAGAUUCUCUAUCAAUGGUCGAUUGACUUGCUACGAGCAGACAAUCACAACAAUCCAUGGCAACGUCCUCGUGUCGCGGUGAUUACCUUUGGCAGUUACCGACUAGGCGUCCAUCGUCCGAGCUCGGAUCUAGAUGUCUUGGCAUUGUCGCCGCCCCAUUGUACGCGUGCCGAUUUCUUUCUGUCGCUGGUCGAUCGAUUGGACCACGAUCAGCGCGUGACCGAUCUACAUCCCAUUCCGACUGCCUACACUCCCGUCAUCAAAUUUGUACUGCAAGGGAUUCAAAUCGAUCUCUUGUUUGCUAGAGUUGAGAAUGCCAACAAACUCUUUCAGUAUCAGCAAAGUCAACCGUCGCUGCUGUUGCGAGAUGACGAGGAACCCAUUCCGAGAAAUCCUCGGAUCGAGUAUUCCAUCGACAACUCCGAUUUGGUCGGUCAAGACGAAGCGGGCGUUCGAUCCAUCAAUGGAUCUCGUGUCUCGCAAUGCAUGCUCUCGUUGGUCCCCGACGUCAAUACGUUUCGAUUGACGCUGCGAGCCGUCAAGGCGUGGGCCGACAUUCACGGAGUACAGUCCAAUGUCUUGGGGUUUUUGGGCGGAAUCAAUUGGGCCAUUCUCGUGGCGCGGGUCGCCAUGGACAAUCCCGAAGCCGAUGCUCCCCAACUGCUGCUCCUAUUCUUCAAGACGUAUUCGCAAUGGAAAUGGCCCGAGCCAGUCACAUUGGGAGAAAUAUGCACCGAGCCACCCCCGGGGGUCAUGCCCAUGGCGGCAUGGAAUCCACAAGUCAAUCCAAGGGAUGGAUUGCAUCUCAUGCCCAUUAUUACACCGGUAUUUCCCAGUAUGAACUCGUCCUACAAUAUUGGAAUUCCACAACUCCGUCGGAUUCAAGACGAAAUGAUCCGAGCAGCGUAUGCCUUGGAACAUGCGAGAUCGCCAGGAGAUUGCACGGCGCUCUUUCGCGAUGGAGGAUUCUUUCGACGCCACAGUAACUAUUUGCAAGUCAACAUUCGAGCACGCAAUGCCGAAGACUUUUUGCAUUGGUUCCGACUCUGCGAAUCCAAAAUGCGGCUCUUGAUUGCCUGUCUCGAAACCCCGGAAGUACAUGCAUGGCCCUUUGCCAAAUUCUUUGACCGAAGGUUCGGGACGACACACGAAUCGUACUUUUUCAUUGCCCUGCGAUUUGCGGAAGGAGUCGAGACGGUCGACUUGCGGUACUCUACAUCCGAGUUUUUACACAAAAUCAACUCGUGGGAAGGACGCAAAGAGGGCAUGGACUUGUCCAUUGCGCGGGUUUCCGCCAACGACUUGCCUUCCUUUGUCUUGGGGCGCGCUACUCAUAACAAAAAAUCCAACAAUCACAACAGCAACAACAACAGCAGCAGCAGCAACCAUCAUAAUAACCACCACCACAACAACAACAACAAUCACAACUACCAUCAGCAGAGGAACAAGCCAACGAUCAAUGUCGGAUUGUGUCCUCGAAUGGUCCCGGAAGGAGGCCCGAUGUCGCCUACCAAACGGGCCAAGCUGAACUAGCUAGCCAACCCAACCUGCAAAUGCAAAUAGAAAAUACCAUAAAAAGACUGGGCGCAAUGCUGUUGGCAUUUGCAUUGUGCAUUUUUCAUACCUUCUAAAAUAACAAGUACUAACUAAAAGGGGUUUUGUGGGCAGCACGUUU